AGUUUAUUAUUUUUUUAAAAUGAAUAAAUCAUUAUUUGUUAUUUUUGCUAUUUUCGCUUUACUUGGCGCUACUUUUGCCAAAGAAGAAUCAGAUAUCACCGAAAUCGGUCAAUUCUUAAUUGGUUUCGCUGAUGGUAUGGAAAUCACCUUAAACCCAAAUUCCCAAGCCUGUUUAAAUGGUGCUGAAAACACUUUAAAUGAAUUCGUCACUGGUUUCCAAUUAAUCGACUCUGGUUUCAAAUCAAAAUCAAUCUCACAAGUUGGUGUUGGUAUCCAAGAUUUAGGUAUUGCCAUCCAAUCAAUCCCAGUUGUCUACCAAUCAUGUGGUAUCACUCAAUUCGUCAGUGAUAUUGAAGAUAUUGCCAAAGAAUUAUCAUCAGGUGCUGAUGGUGUUGUCGAAUUCAUCCUCAAAGAAGCCUUAGAAAUCUGGAAGAACAAACACAACCUUACUGAUGACUUCAAGACUAUGAUUGCCGAUUGGAAAUCAGGUGACUUUGCCGAUUGUGGUAAAGAAUUAGGUACCAUUGUUGGUGUUUUAAUUAGCAACGUUUAAAUAAACAUUAUAUUAUAAUAAAUACUAUAUAU